AUGGCCUUCGUUUCUCCAAUUCCAGUGCGAUGGUCAAGCCACACCAGCUUCUCUGCGUCAAAAGCGAUCGUGCUCCGACAUCAUGUUUCGCAUCAUAGCCGACGCCGCGCAUCCAUGGAAGCUCAACAAUCAUCCCCGACCUCCCCAUCUCAGCCUGUGCAGUCUCAGAAACUAGGCCCCAAAGCAAGCACCGCGCCCAAAUCUCAGCCCCCCUCUCGCCCUCCUUUCGCAUGGCUUGACAACUGGUACCCAAUGGCAUGGGCAGAAGACGUCCCACAUUCAAAGCCCAUCCCCGUUACCAUUUGGAAUCUCCACUACGUCCUGUUUCGCAAUACGGUGACAGGUAAUUACGUCGUCAUGGACGAUGUCUGUCCUCCCCGUGCCGCCCCAUUGUCAGAGGGUCGACUCUAUGAACGAUCACGUCCAGACGGCAGCAUGGAGACGAUUCUGGAAUGCGGCUACCACGGCUGGCGCUUUGAUUGCACUGGUCGCUGCGUUGACAUUCCAGUAGUGGACUUGCAGAAACGCAUCCCAGCAGCGGCAGACGUCGGCGGUUUGUAUGCGACACAUGUUUCCAUCGCCGGUCUCAUCUUCGUGUGGUUGGGUGACCGUGCUAAAGCAGAUGUUAGCAAAAUCCCAGUGCCGAAAUACCUUUUGGAUCUUGGUGAUCGUGUCACGACUUUCCGGAACCCAUACCGCGUCUUUCCCUUUAACUUUGGCACACUCCUUGAAAACGUCGCAGACCCCGCACAUGUACAGUGGUCUCAUCAUGGAACUGGUCAGGGUAAUAGAAACACCGUGCCACGUAAUGGAAAUCUAGAAAUCCUUGAGAAAGACGACGCCAGCGGCUUUUUCAGAGCCGGAAUCCGCAUCGGUGAUUCACCAUCACAUCGACUCAGUGUUACGUUUGAAGCCCCGACCAGUGUUGCUUAUCGGCUUAAUUCACCUGUUGGCAAAGCCGCACCUUUUUCCCUCUUGACGUAUGUUGUCCCCAUCGACUACAACCGUUCCGCUUUGUUCGCUGUCAAUUGUAACAUCGACAUGCCGCGUAUUCAGAAGCUCGUGAAGCGAAUUACUCCACGCUGGUAUGAACAUACGAUCUCAAAUUUGAUCCUUGACGGGGAUUCACUCCUGUUGCAAUGGCAAGAGGCUCAUACGCAGAAUCGCAUUCGCGAUGGGUACGGCAGCGCGUGGAAGAAAGAGUAUACGCUUGCAUCGGGCACCUGGGAUUCCCUGGUAGUAGAAUUUCGGCGGUGGCUUGACCACAACUGCCACAUUAUCCCGCACCAGAAACAAAUUUCAUCCGAGGCGCCAAUUGUUCUACAAUCGCGAGAGGAAAUCAACGACAGAUAUGCUUACCACACGAAGCAUUGUGAAUCAUGUCGGCCGGCGUUGCAGAAUCUUCGAACAGGCCGAGUAGCAGCGUUCGUUGGAGCAGGUAUUGGGUUCGUCACAUUCUUGUGUUCCGCGCUCCUAUUUGCCGCGCUAGGUUUCGAUCCCCCAGGCAGACUUGUCGGGCCAUACCUGCGUUUUGGGCAUACAAAACAUAACAGCGGCGUCUGCACGCAAAUUAUUAUAAACACAUCCCCGCAAGCUGUACGCGUACUGUACAAACUCUCUCGUUUAUUUUUCUCUCUCUUCUUGCACUACCUCUCGAGAGGCAGUGGAAGGUAGCAGAUUCCUUUCUCCCAUGAGGGCCAGAAAGCUGGACACAUACUGAAGCAUUGCAUGUCGAAGGAUCGGGGAACAUUCGUGUUGUGCUGUACAGCAUGUGCUGUACAGCAAGGUAAGAAAUGCUAGAGAGGCCAAAGGUCCGGGCCUGGUAGUGUAGAAUGCAAUUAGUGGUGUCUCCCCUUGCCUCCAGGAACAGCGCGAGACAGUGCGCGCUUUGCGAACUAGGCUACGAGCUUCGCUCUGGAAAUAGUUCCAUUCCCUUUUGGGCUAGGACGAACAUCAGUAAACAUUGGAGCUUUAUUGCUA